AUGCGGCAGCAUUGGCUGACGAGCGCCUACACGCAGUUCGCGGUGCCCUACUUCAUCUACGACAUCUACGCCAUGUUCCUGUGCCACUGGCACAAGUACCGGGUGAAGGGGCACGAGGGCGCAGGGCCCCGCUCGCUGCGCACCGUCACCUGCGCCUUCCUGCACAAGGAGUUCCUCAUGGUGCUGCACCACCUCUGCAUGGUGCUGGUGUGCUUCCCCGUCUCCGUGCUGUGGCGCCAGGGGAAGGGCGAUUUCUUCCUGGGCUGCAUGCUGAGGCCGAGCUGGACACCCCCUUCGUCUGCCCUGGGCAAGGUGCUCAUCUGUACAAGCGGCAGCACACCUGCUGCACAAGGUGAACGGGCUCCUCAUGCUGGUGACCUCUUUUGCUGCCGCAUCCUGCUCUUCCUACAUGUACUGGGCCUACGGGCGCCACGCCGGGCUGCCCUGCACCGCGUGCCCUCGCCCUGCGCCCGCUGCAACCUGGGCGCUGCCUGCUCCUGGCGCCCAGCUCUACGGUUCGGCCUCAUCUGCCGCGGGCCGCCCGCCUCUCCGCCGGAGCCCGGCCCAAGGACGCCGCAUCCGCCGCGGCCCUGCGCAACGGGCACGGCCCGGGGGCGGCGCUGGAACUGA